AUGCAUUCCAUUUCCUCAAAAUCAUUCCAUCUCUCUCCCUGUUUUUUUUCCAUUCCAUUCCCUUUUCACCCUUUAUUGACAAUACCACAACCCACUACCGUUGCCACCACCCACCACCACUGUCAUCCGCCACCGUCACCCACCUUUGCCGCCACCCGCCACCGCCGUCACCCGCCACCGUCGUCACCCGCCACCGUCGUUGCCGCCACCCACCUCCAUCCCCGCCACCACCGUCGCCGCCAUCCACCAUCGCCGUUGCCACCUCCGAUCACCGCUACCACCCACCUUCGAUCAUCGGUGCUACCAUCACCACUGCCACCUCCGAUCUCCGCCGCCGUCGCCACUCACCUCCGCCAUCGCUAUCAACCACCACCACCGCCUGCCACCACUCAUUUCAUUCUUACAUGGUAA